CCUCUGUGCGUACUGGCGCCGGGACACUGCGCGCUCCAGGGGAGAUCUUGAACCAUUGUGAGUCACAGGACGCUCAGGGAAGCGGCCAUCAGGGAAGCGGCCAUCAAGUUCUGCUGAGAUUCCCCCCGGGUGCGAGCACAGUGCCUCCUCAUGUGACCCCGAGCAAGCCUUGGGUCGCGGACUUUGCCCGGAUCAGGUGUAGCCAUUCUGCACUCGUAGAUCCUGAGGGCUUAGGCGACAACAAGGCGGCAGAGUUUGCUCUGAAGAUUUCAAGGGGAUCUCGGUUCCUCCCCAGAAAGGACGAAGACAGCCGGAAGAGGUAGACACCUGCUGGAUAGCCUGCAGCCUGCAGAAACCAGCUGUCCUGAUACAGCCAUCUCUGCAGGUGAACUCCCUGGCGUGCUUUCUGAAAACGGACACGGGCUCCCCAUCACCGCUUACCAGGUGGAGCACCAUGGAGGGCGACUGUCUGAGCUGCAUGAAGUAUCUGAUGUUUGUUUUCAACUUCUUCGUAUUUCUGGGAGGAGCCUGCCUGCUGGGGGUUGGCAUCUGGGUCCUCGUGGAUCCCACUGGCUUCCGGGAGAUCGUGGCUACGAACCCCCUGCUGACCACUGGCGCCUACAUCGUCCUGGCCAUGGGUGGCCUGCUGUUUCUUCUGGGCUUCCUGGGCUGCUGCGGGGCUGUCCGAGAGAACAGGUGUCUGCUGCUAUUUUUUUUCCUGUUUAUCCUGAUCAUCUUCCUGGUAGAGCUCUCGGCAGCCAUCCUGGCCUUCAUCUUCAGGGAGCACCUCACCCGAGAGUUCUUCACCAAGGAGCUCACCAAGCACUACCAGGGCAAUAAUGACACGGACGUGUUCUCUGCCACCUGGAACUCAGUCAUGAUCACAUUUGGCUGCUGUGGGGUCAAUGGACCCGAAGACUUCAAGAUGGCCUCCGUGUUUCGGCUGCUGACUCUGGACAGCGAGGAGGUGCCCAAAGCCUGCUGCCGGAGGGAACCCCAGACUCGGGAUGGGGUGCUGUUGAGCAGGGAGGAGUGCCAGCUGGGGAGGAGUCCAUUCAUAAACAAACAGGGCUGCUACACAGUUAUCCUCAACACCUUCGAAACCUACGUCUACCUGGCUGGGGCCUUUGCCAUUGGGGUGCUGGCUAUAGAGCUUUUCCUCAUGGUCUUUGCCAUGUGCCUCUUCCGGGGCAUCCAGUAGACCAUGGUCUGAAGACACCCAGCCCACCACUGCCCAGGAGCCAGCCCCCUCCCCUCCCUGUCCUCUGCCCCCGGGGAGGAGGCAAGGCCAGCCUGGAUGGCCAGGAGCAUAGAGCGGAUUUUUAAAAUAAAACAAAGACAGAUGUGAACUGAAGAUGCCUCACUUGGCUCCAAGGCAAGAACCAUGGGCUCAGCAAGGACUUAGGGCUGGCCUGGGACCAGCUGUUCCUGACACCAAAGGAUUAUCAGCCUCAGAGCCCCUGGGAUCUGUCAAACUGGACUGUCCCCUGGCCCGGGUCCCCUCUCUUAGCAUUUCCAGGAUCUGAGCAACCAGAAGGCAGAAACACACCCUGGAGGAUGAGCUGUAGCUCAGAGUCCCCAAGGAGGUGCACUUUUCACCACGAGAACGGAAUCUGCAGCGCCAUCUGCUGGACGGCGAAGUUGUCCUGGCUCCCGGCGGGCUGAGGGUGGCUGUGUGUGGAUCUGAAAGUGGCAGUCUUUGAUUUCCUCACCUCUUGGAUCAAAGCCUCGCCAAGUCCCAGAAAAGGGCAGUGACUUGUCCACAUUCACACAGUAUGUGCGUGACAAGGUCAUCUCCGGGCUGCUGUCACUCCAGCCAGGACUCCUCAGCAUCCCAAUGUAAACUAAACUGUCCAGGAACUGCCUGUACCAAGUUCUUGUGACUCUACCUAAGCCUUCUGUCAUCCAUCACCUGUCCCCUUGGGCCAUACCCUUCCCUAUUCUCCCUGGUGGAAGACACCCCGAUAUUGUUCAUGUCUCUUUCUGCCCAGAGCUGAGGCUUGAACGUGCUCUCCAAGGUCCCUGGCAAGAAUUCACCCCCUUGCAUACGUCCACAAGUGGGGCUCACUACCUCCCAACGCAGCCUCCUGCCUUCAGAAGCUCUGAUGUCACCACGCCUCAACAGACAGAAGGGGUUUCCGUUUUCCUGAGCUUCUCUCCACAUAGCCCCUUCACUCUCUCCUUCCUAGAGGUUAAGGUCAUAACUUUUGUCUGCAGAACCCCACAGCCGCUCAGCCAUUCCCACCAAGACAUACUUUCUGAUUUUAUGCUGUCCAUACAACAUUUUGUUAUUCUCUCUAGACUCACACACACAGGUCACAACCAACGUGCACACAAACACACACACACACUGACUACAGACUAGGUUGCCAAUGGGGUUGCAAGAUGUCUGACCCUGUCAGGACUGUGUUGAGUUCAUUAGUGUUGUCUGUCAGGAUUACAAAUUUGAUUAAUUGUGUCUGCCAUGGGCUCACCAGACGUGGGAUGGGACAGUGUUGGAAGGAACAGCAUGGUGUCUGCUCUCCUCAGAGCCUGAUCUAAUUCCAGCUUCCCUCUCUGCCUUCCUGCCACCUGGGAGUCGUAGCCAAAGCCUGGAGACCAGAGCUCCCCUGCUACUUGGGUCACUGUCUGGGUCCAAGGGGACCCCCUUCUCAUUUCUUUCCUCUCUUCAUGUCCUCACCCAUCCCGGCCUUCCUGGGGGUUUUUGAGUACCACUUUUGCAAGUUGUCUUUAUGACAGCUAACUUGGCAUCCCCAUAAAUGAAGCCUAGAGACUGAGUCACGAGGUCAGAGGACCUCACUGCUUGUUCCCAGCCCAGAGACCUGGUCUUUGACUCAGAACCCACCACAUACUGAACUCCAACUGCCUAGGAAGACAAAUGGAUCAGCUGAGGUGGAUUGGAAGCUCAUGGCCCCUCUAAGCAGCAUAGAGCCCAGCCACAGAGGCUCUGCAGAGCUAGCAGGCUUCCAGGGACAGCAGGGCUGGCACAAAGAGAGCUGAGAGGGCAGAUAUGUAACCCAGGCAGUUCCAGGGUAGAUCAGACUCUCACCAGAAGAACUUUGCAUAUAGACGUUGAAGAGCCCCCAGGUAGGCCAGAUGCAGCCCAGCUAUGAAUCCAGCUCCUCGGUCAGCACCCCCAUGGGACUAGAGGGAGGUAGGCAGUCCACCCUGUGAGGUUGCCAGUAGCCAUUUACAAGACUGUCUGAGGUCACUCUGGUGGGGUUUGGUGGGCUGUUCUGUAUACUCUCAGGGGAGGGGAGCAGAGGCCUCCUUCACCUCUCACUCCAGGACCAAUAGUUUCACCUGAGAUGCCCUGUGACUCGCAUUCAGUAGUGAGCAGCCCCUGCCUGCCCAGAGCAACUUGCCGAAGAGACAGCAGAAACCUACAGACAGGGACUAAGACUGCCUCUGUGGCCCAUGCCCCUUCUUAGCAUCCUGUCCCAAGUCCCUGACCUACCCGGGUCCUGAACCCAGCACCCCGCCCCAAGGAACCCCAACAUACACACACACAUACACAUACACACACACACACACACACACACACACGCACGCGCGUUAUAGUUUAUUUUGGAAACUGUAAUGUCCCUUGCAGUAGGAAACAGAGCUAAUUUAUCAUUAUACUUCCCAAGCCCACCCCCUUUUAUAUUCUAUAUCAAGAGAAAUUUUGUAAUAUAAAACAGGACACACACA